CUGUAUGCUUAAAGAGAGUCUGGACAGUGUACCAGGACAGAUAGGUAUCUUUUAUCUUGUUAGAUGCGUGAGAGAGCUGAAGAAGAGACUUUAGAGCACCGGUGAGAAACUGGGAGGGGUGUGUGAGUGUGCGCGCUAGGGCGCGCGUGUGUGUGUGGUGAGGGAGGGAGUGAUGUUGCAAGUCUGCGGUGCGGGGCUGCAUCUCAAUGAGAAACUGGCCAAUGUAAAUCACCGCAAGACAGGAGAGAGAAAGAGAGAGAGAGAGCAGCUGCCGUCCAGACUCUUCUGCGGGACAACAAAGAACUCACAUCACGACUUCUGUCAGCAUAACUCAACAUCUGAAUCGUGACCAUAAACAAUACUAAAUAUUCUUCACCUUUAGCACCCUUGACAGGACAACAUGGAUGAGCAUUUUGACGAGAGGGACAAAGUCCAGCGCAACCGCCGAGCUGGAGGACGGGCGAACGGUCUCAUGAGCCCGACACACAGCGCUCACUGCAGUCUGUACCGGACCAGAACCCUGAAAGCCCUGAGCUCUGAGAAGAAAGCGAAGAAAGUGCGUUUUUACCGCAACGGCGACCGAUAUUUUAACGGCAUAGUGUAUGCCAUCUCAUCCGACAGGUUUAGGACCUUUGACGGUUUGCUGGCCGACCUGACUCGCACUCUUUCCGACAACACCAACCUGCCUCAAGGUGUCCGAUUCAUCUUCACUAUUGAUGGAUCCAAGAAAAUCACCAAUAUAGAUCAACUGGUGGAAGGUGAGAGUUAUGUGUGCUGCUCCACCGAAGCAUUUAAAAAACUGGACUACACCAGCAAUGUCAACCCUAAUUGGUCAGUGAAUGUGAAGGCCCUGGGGUCCAUCAAGUGUCCCACCUCUCUGGCUUGCACCAUAUUAGGGCUGCAUUCCAAGGAGAGCAAAGACUUCAUCAGACCCAAACUGGUCACUGUCAUCCGCAGCGGAGUGAAGCCCCGGAAGGCGGUUCGCAUCCUGCUUAACAAGAAGACUGCCCAUUCCUAUGAGCAGGUUCUCACUGACAUAACAGAUGCUAUAAAACUCGACUCUGGUAUUGUCAAGAAGAUCUACACCCUUGAGGGAAAACAGGUCAUGUGCCUUCAAGAUUUCUUUGGGGAUGAGGACGUCUUCAUCGCAUGCGGCCCGGAGAAGUUCCGUUACCAGGAUGACUUCCUGUUGGAUGAGAGCGAAUUGAAAUCCACUUCCUAUGGAAAAAUGGGUUCUGGAAACAGAAGUUCGGCCCUUUCCGGACGCAGCAAGUCUCCCGCUGACUCAGUAAAUGGGACAUCGGCCAAUCACCUGUCCACACCUCAUUCUGCAAAAUCGCCCAGUCCGUCUCCUGCCAGCCCGGGGAACCUGAACAAACACGGGGGAUCCCAGCAAAGUGGUUCCUCGCUCUCAUUGGCUUCUACCAAAGUCUGCAGUAUGGAUGAGGAGGAAGGACCUGUGAGUGAUGCAGCUGAGCCCGUGGACGAGACACAGAUCCCAACCGUUCCAAGCUCAAUUUCAGAUCGGUACAAAGUUGGCCGAAUGAUCGGGGACGGGAACUUUGCGGUGGUCCACGAGUGUGUGGAGCAUUCGACUGGCAGAGCGUACGCUCUGAAGAUCAUCAACAAAGGCAAAUGCAGAGGAAAGGAGCAUAUGAUCCAAAAUGAGGUGGACAUCCUGAGAAGAGUGAAACAUCCUAACAUUGUGUUGUUGAUCGAGGAGAUGGAAACCUAUAGUGAACUCUACCUGGUCAUGGAGCUUGUUAAGGGAGGAGAUCUUUUUGAUGCUAUCACUUCCGCCAACAGAUACACUGAGCGAGACGCCAGUGGCAUGUUGUACAACCUAACCAACGCUAUCAAGUAUUUACACAGCCUUAACAUCGUCCAUAGAGACAUCAAGCCAGAGAACCUUUUGGUGUAUGAACAUCAAGAUGGAAGUAAAUCGCUGAAGCUGGGAGACUUUGGCUUGGCAACAGUGGUAGACGGGCCCUUAUAUACUGUCUGUGGUACACCCACAUAUGUAGCACCAGAGAUUAUUGCAGAGACCGGGUAUGGCCUUAAGGUAGAUAUAUGGGCUGCUGGAGUCAUCACGUAUAUUCUCCUCUGUGGCUUUCCUCCAUUUCGUGGUACAGAAGAUCAAGAGGCCUUGUUUGAUCAGAUUCUACUGGGCCAGUUAGAAUUUCCUCCUCCAUACUGGGACAAUGUAUCAGAUUCAGCUAAAGAGCUAAUAGUGUCUAUGCUGCAAGUGGAAGUAGAUCAGAGAUACACAGCGCUGCAGGUGCUUGAACAUCCUUGGGUCACUAAUGACGGUCUGUCAGAAAAUGAACACCAGCUGUUGGUGGCAGGAAAGAUCAGGAAGCACUUUAACACAGGCCCCAAACCCUGCAACAACACUCCUGGAGUAUCUGUUAUGACGACCACCGCUCUUGAUAAGGAGAGGCAGAUUUUCCGACGAGGACGCCACCAGAAUGUGAGCGCAGCUCCUCGGACCACCCAGCCGACCUGUAGCCUCCACAUCCCAGCCUUUACACCCCGUCUGUACCUCGACCCGUCCCAGCCGCCCGUCGGGCUCCCAGCCCCCACACUCAAUUCAUGCCCCUCAACAACCACCGCCACGCCCGAGUCUGAGGACUUUUCCGCCUGCUCCACAGAGACUGUUCGCUCCCUCCUCUCUCCUUUCUAGUACUUGAAGGGAAGGGAGCAACUGGAAAGAGCAUUAAGAGGAGAAGGUUUCAUGAGGAUUCGGAUCGCGGCCGAGUGGACCGAUAAACAUUUUGUAAUCCGAUCACACAAUGGUGCACAAAGAGGAAAAUGACUAUGUCAGGAAAGGGGGGUUUCUUGUUUAUUUACGGUCAUUGUAAUAAUUUUUUCAUUUAUUUAUACAUGAUGGAUAGAUUUUUCAUUUUUAUUCAGGUUUAAAUAUCCUCGUUUCUGUUGAGGCACCUUAGAAUGUUUAUCUUGGUCCAGUAUUGCUUAUGUGUUUCAGAAGAAAACUGCAAAGAUGCUAUAAUUGAUAUUUAGUUGUCAGUUAUCAAGCCCAUAAAAAACUU